AGAGGGGUAGAAAGACACUAACAACUCAAGGAGCAAAGAAAGCCAAGGAGACAAGUCCAGAGUAAAGAACAGAGCAGCAGCAGCAGAAGAAGCCAAGAAGAAUCUGACAGGGCUGAAGACAAUGGCCCUAAGGAUGCUCUGGGCUGGACAGGCCAAAGGGAUCCUGAGAGGCUGGGGGAUCAUCUGCUUGGUGGUGUCUCUGCUUCUGCAGCAUCCAGGAGUCCACAGCAAGUGUUACUUCCAAGCUCAAGCCCCCUGUCACUAUGAAGGGAAAUACUUCACCCUGGGUGAGUCCUGGCUCCGCAACGACUGUUUCCAUUGCACCUGUCUGCAUCCUGUUGGUGUGGGCUGCUGUGACACGUCUCAGCAUCCCAUUGACUUCCCUGCUGGGUGUGAGGUGCGUCAGGAGGCAGGAACCUGCCACUUCUCCCUGGUGCAGAAAUCUGACCCUCAGCUCCCCUGCAAGGGGGGAGGGCCUGACCUAGAGUGGGGCUCAGCUAACACCCCUGUUCCUGGAGCUCCCGCUCCCCACUCUAGCUAA